AUGGAACCUGCAAAGGAGGAUACAGCUCCGGCUGUGGAAGUUCCGAAACUAGAUGACGAGAAGGCAGUAGUCGAACCACCACCAAGCACAGAACCAACGGCUGAACUGUCGUCCUUUGCUGACACGCUUCCUCUAUCCGCUGCAGAUGGUCUUGUUAAAACACUCUUUCCCCGGCCUCUUGACCACUGCACGCCCUCACCUCCCGCUGAACUGACCCCCGAACAGCAAACAAAAUACAAUACUCUCUUGAAAACUGUUUCUGAGUGGACAACGGUUCAGACUACUUCCGCCAAAAACUCGCCAACGGCACCUGUUACAGAUGAUGAACGUAUGUUCCUCACUCGCGAAUGCCUGCUUCGCUACCUUCGUGCUACGAAAUGGAACCUGGCCGAUGCUACACAACGCCUUCAGGCAACAUUGACAUGGCGGCGAGAAUAUGGUGUAAAGGAGCACACCCCGGAGUACAUCUCCGUGGAGAAUGAAACUGGGAAACAAGUGAUUCUUGGCUUUGAUAAUAGCGGUAGACCGUGCCUUUAUUUGAACCCAGCCCAGCAGAACACUGAACACAGUGAUCGCCAAAUCCAACACCUUGUCUUCAUGAUUGAGCGGGUGAUUGAUUUGAUGGGACCCGACCAAGAGUCGCUUGCUUUGCUAGUCAACUUUAAGCAGACGCGAUCUGGACAAAAUGCGACUAUCGGUCAAGGUAGACAGACGCUGAAUAUUCUCCAGAACCACUACCCGGAACGCUUGGGCAGGGCCAUGGUGAUCAACAUGCCACUUGUUAUUCUAGGAUUCAUGAAGUUAAUUACGCCGUUCAUCGAUCCUCAAACAAGAGAAAAGCUUAAGUUUAACGAGGAUCUUCGAUUGCAUGUUCCUCCGGCUCAUCUGUGGAAGGCUGUUAAUGGUGAUGUUGAAUUUGAGUAUGAUCAUUCACUUUAUUGGCCCGCACUCAACGCCUUAGCUGCUCAACGCCGUGAGGAGUACCACAGCAAGUGGGUGGCGGGUGGUAAACUUGUUGGCGAGCACGAAAACUACCUCAAAGGCGGACUCGGAAAAAGCCGUUCAGAGACAGAGGCCGCAAACUCAGUUGAGGUUGAGGAGAAAUUGGAGCAAUUGGAGGUUAGCGCUCCAGUUAUACCGAACCAAGCGAUAGUGGCAUGA